AUGGCUCCCUCAAGGCAUUCUGCUCCCAGCGCGGAGGAGCAGCUCCGCCGCAACACGGUCGGUAUCAACAAAGAAACAGUCUCCAACGUCGCCUCGACCGACUUCCCGGGCCACUUCCCCGGCGAGGACCACGCCUUCUCCAUCGACCGCUUCCAGUCCGCCUUCUCGGUGCAGUUCCACCGCAACGAGCCCAACGACGCGUCCUUUUCGCUCGUCGGCAUCGACGCCUCCCUCGCAAACGCCUUCCGCCGCAUCCUCAUCGCCGAGAUCCCUACGCUCGCUAUCGAGGACGUCUACAUCGAGAACAACACCUCCGUCAUCCAGGACGAGGUCCUCGCCCACCGCCUCGGCCUCAUCCCCUUCAACGGCGGCCGCGAGGGAAUCCACAACUUCCUCAAGUGGUACAAGAAGCCCGAGGCCGGCGAGGACCCCUACGCCAACAGCUUCGACUGGAACACGGUCCGCCUCGAGCUCAACGUCACCUGCACCGUCAACCCCGACGCCCCCCCCACCGAGACGGACCCCCUCAAGGCAUACCACCACGCCCACGUCUACGCAAAGGACAUCGUCUUCGUGCCCACCGGCAGGCAGGUCGAGUACUUUAGCGGCGACAACGCCAUCCGCCCCGUCAACCCCGACAUCCUCAUCGCCAAGCUGCGCCCCAAGCAGUCCAUCAACCUCGCCAUGCACAUGCACAAGGGCAUCGGCGCCGACCACUCCAAGUUCUCCCCCGUCGCCACCGCCUCGUACCGCCUCCUGCCGCUCAUCAACAUCACCCGCCCCAUCAUCGGCGCCGACGCCGAAAAGUUCCAGCGCUGCUUCCCCGAGGGCGUCAUCGGGCUCGAGAAGAUUUCGCGCGAAGAGGCCAGCAGGGCCGGCAGCGGGUACGAGGGCCACGCGGGCGAGCUCAAGGCCGUCGUCAAGGACACGAUGAAGGACACCGUCAGCAGGGAGGCGCUGCGGCACCCCGAGUUCGAGGGCAAGGUCAAGCUCGGACGGAGGAGAGACCACUUUAUCUUUUCGAUUGAGAGCACGGGGCAGUGGGAUAGCGACGAGCUGUUCCUCGAGGCGGUCAAGCAUCUGAAGCUGAAAUGCAAGAAGCUUGAGCAGCAGGUCAUCAACAUGGUUCAGUAA